CCUCUCUGCUGGGAGACGGGGAAGACGCGAGCUCGCGUCCGCGCACACGCACUUCCCCGCGGCCGCGCUCUGCUUUCCAGGACCUGCCACUCCUGCAAAGGGAGGCAGCGGGACAGGGCCCGGGCGGCAGAGAGGCGGCGCCACCCGCACUGUCCUGCGGCCCUGCGGGGAGCCCAGCGGUCCAGAGCGUGACCGUGACCGGCGACCCCACGCUGUCUCCCGAGUCACUUUGUUUUCUGCCGCUGCAGGGGAGAAGAGGCGCACGCCGGACGCAGCCCCCCCCACCCCCUGCGUCCCAGGAAGACGGCGCGCUCACAAUUCUGGAUUCUGGCUGGUGCCUGCCUGCGCGCCCCGGGAUGGGCCUCGAGGCCGCGGGCUUCAGCACAGGUCUGGCCCUGCUCCAAGUGCAGGAGGGAGGCUAAGGCAGGGCCGUCCAUGGGCCUCGGACGCCUGCGACGCCCGUCUGCCUGGCUGGGCUGCACGCACUGCCUCCAAGAAUGAGCGCUGAUGUCCUCUAGCCGCCCCUAGCCACGUCUCCGUCCCACCUGGAUGCACAGCUGCUGACUGGGACUGGGGCUCUCCCCACGGAAACGGACAUCUCCACGGUCAGCCAUGGCCGUCCAGAAACUCGUGGCCACCGCCGUGCUGGUGGCCCUCGUCUCUCUCAUCCUCAACAACGUGGCAGCCUUCACCCCCAACUGGGUGUACCAGACGCUGGAGGACGGGCGCAAGCGCAGCGUGGGGCUGUGGAGGUCCUGCUGGCUGGUGGACAGGGGCCGGGGAGGCCCGAGCCCCGGGGCCAGAGCCGGGCAGGUGGACGCACGGGACUGUGAGGCCCUGGGCUGGGGCUCCGAGUCAGCAGGCUUCCAGGAGGCACGAGGCACCGUCAAACUGCAGUUCGACAUGAUGCGCGCCUGCAACAUGAUGGCCACGGCGGCCCUCGCUGCAGGCCAGCUCACCUUCAUCCUGGGGCUGACGGGCCUGCCCCUGCUGUCGUCCGAGUCCCAGUGCUGGGAGGAGGCCAUGGCUGCUGCGUUCCAGCUGGCAAGUUUCGUCCUUGUCAUCGGACUGGUGACGUUCUACAGAAUCGGCCCGUACACCAACCUGGCCUGGUCUUGCUACCUGAACAUCGGCGCCUGCCUCCUGGCCACCUUGGCGGCUGCCAUGCUCAUCUGGAACAUUCUGCACCGGAGAGAGGACUGCAUGGCGCCCCGCGUCAUCGUCAUCAGCCGCUCCCUCACGGCGCGGUUUCGCCGCGGGCUGGACAACGACUACGUGGAGUCCCCGUGCUGAGUCGCCCUUCUCAGGCUGCACCCGAGUAGCCACUGGCACGGACAGUCUCCUCACCGCCUGCGCAGUGGGUGAGUGUGGGUCACCACGCACGCCGCUGUGGGACACAGCACAUUCACGACGCUCCCCAUGUGUAUGUUCUAUGUCUAUGUAUCACGGGUGCCACCCCACUCUGACACGGCUUCCCAGCCAGGCGCGUUCUGAGGGUGGAUCCACCCUGGAAUCUGAACAGGUGAGGUGGUGGCGUGGCUGCCCUGCUCUCUGCUUGGUUUGGGGUUAAUUUAUUCUGCAUCUGCCGAGAGAGCAUCCCCGGUUGUAUUUACUUUGGUAAAGCAAAACACCCAGGAAGGUUUUGUUGAUGGUUCAUGGUAUUCCUUGGUGAAUCAGGAUUUAUAACCAGACAGUAAUGGUUCUGGGACAGACCUGUGUUAGUAGUAUGUUCUGUUCCUGAUUAUUUUUCUAAGUUAAAAUAAAUGCAA